GCUUGGCAUCUUUCUUGUCUGCUGGAAGAUAGAGAUCUAAAUUGACUCUAUUUGGGCGUAAUCGUUGUACGCAGUUCCCCUUUAACACCAACGGUUGAUAGGAACCGAACUGUCUCACGACAUUCUAAACCCAACUCACGUACAACUUGAAUCGGCGAACAACCGAACCCUUGGGACCUUCUUCAACCCCAGGAUGUGAUGAGUCGACAUCGAGGUGCCAAACGACUCCGUCGAUAAGAGCUCGUGGGAGUCAUCAGUCUGUUAUCACCGGCGUACCUUUGAUCCGUUGAGCAAGAGCCCUUCCACACGGGACUCCCAGAUCACUAUGGCCGACUUUCGUCUCCGUUCGACCAGUCGGUCUCACAGUCAGGCAGGCUUAUACCAUUACGUAUACCAAAGCUCCUUUCUUUCUCUUCCGAUCCGAUCUCAAACUCCAACUUUUUAGUUUAAGACUUUUUGCCCUUCACUUCUGAAAGCCCGCCUCCAUUAGCUAACAUAGAAAUUUAUUCCUGUUGGACGGGCUUCAAGGACCAGACUUCCUAUACUAGAUGGGAUAGACGAAUACAACCCGAAGAUCGAAGAGCACUGUGUUAUGUUUGCUUGCAUCAGUUGAUUCAUUUCUUCCUUUCCUUCCUGCAUGGGGUUCAACGUGACGUAGACCUUCUUCUGCUUUUCCCCAACAACAUAUCCACAUUCUUUAUAGUGGUGACUGAAAGAGAAAAAAGAAAAAUGGAUGAUGUCGUUCUGCUACCUUCUUCCAAACAUCAGAAGUUGUCCAAAGAUGUGACUUAUGGUGAGGGAAUGGAUGUAAUCAGCACCUUGUCGAACAAUGUUCUCCGUCACAUUCUCUCCUUCCUUUCAACCGAAGACUCCAUACGAACUUCUAUAUUAUCAAGAAGAUGGCAAUAUUUAUGGACCUCCAUUUCGGACAUCAAUUUGGAUGAUAUUUCUUGGUCGAAGGAUAUUGACAAAAUUAAAGAUCAGUGUCCAAUGUGUCAUAGGUUCUCAGAUUUCGUGGAUAGAGUUCUCCUUCUUCAUGAUGCUUCAGAUAUUAGAAGACUUCAUCUUUACAUUCUUGACCCUGUGAAUCCUGGUCGUCUUAAUUCAUGGAUCUCUGCUGCUAUAAGGCACAAUGUUCAAGAACUUGAUCUUGACUUGCCUGUGAGAACGUGCUUUCUGUUGCCUUGUUGCCUUUUUACUUGUGAAUCGCUACUUUUGUUGAAGUUAUCUAUGGACUGCGUUUUGAAAGCCCCUAGUUUUAUUCACUUCUCGAGCCUCAAGACCUUGGUGUUUAACUUACUUACAUUUUCUGAUGAUGACUCAAUGCAACAUGUAUUUUCUAGUUGUCCAGUGCUUCAAGAGUUGGCCUUAACAAAUUGUGGAUGGAAGAAUAUAAAGACUCUCACCAUUUCUGUUCCAACACUAAAGAGAUUGACUAUUGAAGAUGAUUCAACUGGUGUACUCAGUUGUGUAGUCAAAAUUCAUGCUCCAAAUCUCAUCUACCUGAAGUUCACUAGUAAUCUGCAAGUUCACUUUCAUUUAUGUGGCAUAUCUUCCUUAGUCAAUGCAUCUGUUGACCUUCCACAUCGAGAUCUGUCGCAGCAACACGUUUCUCGUGCGAUAGGAGUGCUUACUGGGAUUUGCAAUGUUAAAUGUUUGACAGUAUCAGCUGAUACGCUUCUAUCUAUCUCUGAUGCGGAAAAUAUCAUGGGUCGUCUUCCUACAUUUCCCAAUAUGACCAAUUUGGAGCUGAAUGCAGAAUUUUGUAGUGACUUGACUGGUGGUCUGAUCAACUUGCUUGAAAAAUCACCUAAGCUUGAGUUUCUUGACUUUGAUAAGGGCUUCGACUUAGAUUAUAUCCAUGACCAUGAGGUUUGUUUGAUGUUGGAAAGAGUUCCUUCCUGUUGUUGCUUUAAACGGUUUAGCCUUUCUUGCUUCGAAGGGAAGCCGCCAGAGAUGCAUUUUCUAAGACUUUUGUUGAAGAAUGCAACUGUGUUGGAGAAGAUGACGUUGUACUGCGAGCCUAUAUUAUCUGAAGAUUCGGAAAAGGAAGAGGAGGUCAACAAUCAGUUAAGGGGAUUUCCAAGAAGAUCUGAAAGCUGUGUUAUUGAGUUGCUUUGAAACCUUUGGUCAACUUUCUUGGAAGCUCAGUGUCUUAUCGUUGAUCGUUUCAAGAUAUCUAGUGGUUACUUGUCUAUUUGAAGCUCAUUUCAAAACACUUGGCAAAGUUUCUCAGGAGUAUGUUGCAAAACACACAAGGCUUGUGCCCUUUUGAACUGUUUUAGGAGCUCUGAUUUGCAGAGGAUCAUGGGAUGUCGUCCAGAUCAGUUUUAUCGAAACGGUCUUGUAUUUUGUGAUGGGGCAAUGUUAGUUGUGAUUUGUGUAUUAGGAAUGACAUCGAACUUUUCCUUUUCAUGGACAGAUUUUUGCGAAAAGACUUAAUGGGCCUCGCAAAAUAUCCACUAGCCCUUCUGUUCAAAA